AUGGCCCCGAUCAUCCACUGCGUCCGGCACGCCCAGGGCGUCCACAACCUCUGCACCGAAAAUCAUGUCAUCCCUGAUCCCCUCCUCACAGACCUUGGCCAUGAGCAAUGCCGCAAGCUCCAAGAAUCUUUCCCCCGCCAUGCCUAUGUUGACUUGGUGACCGCGUCGCCACUGCGUCGCACCAUUUACACAGCGUUGGAAAGCUUUGAGCCUGUGUUCAAGUCUCACCCCGACAUGCAGCUUAUUGCUCUGCCCGAUCUUCAAGAAACCUCCGACGUGCCUUGUGACACCGGCAGUGACCCGGAAGUUCUGCGGGAAGAAUUCGCGGGAAAAAACGUGGACUUGGGGUUGGUGCAUGAAGGGUGGAACAACAAGGAAGGUCGCUAUGCGCCUCGUAAUGGAGCAUUGAAGGAGCGUGCACGCGCUGCACGCCGGUGGUUGAAGGCUCGACCCGAGAAGGAGAUCGUCAUGGUAACACAUGGUGGAUUCUUGCACUACUUCACCGAGGAUUGGGAAGAUAGCAGCGAGUUCCAGGGUACCGGCUGGAUGAACACCGAAUACCGCACGUUCACUUUCAGCGACGAAGAGCACAAGCAUGACUUGGAUGGCCACCCACUAGACGGCGACAAUGCUACUCUUAUCGAGACUGGAGAGUCUCGCGAGCGCCGUGGCAAGACUGGUCCUACUCCCGACCGUGAGCAGCAGAAGACCCUAUACAUGAUUGGUACACAAGGCUGGGAUAACCAGGGUCUUCAGCUCAGUACUGCUGAGCGGGACUCUGUCAAGGUGCCCGAGGGCAAGGAGGUUGGAGGGGUGCGCAUAUAG